AUGUCUCAGCAACAAACUAAAAAUUGUAUAACUCUCAGGGGUUCUGCUCAAAUAAUAUGCGAAUAUUUAAAAUUUGCUAUCAACUCUGUUUUGUUUCAACGAGGAUUGUACCCACCAGAAACAUUUAAAGCUGAACAGCAAUAUGGAAUCACGUUACUUAUCUCUGAGGAUCCACUUAUCAAGAGCUUCCUCACUAAUCUCCUGACACAGAGUGAAGAAUGGAUUGUAAAUAAGAAAGUUACAAAAUUAUCACUGGUCAUCAUAAAUGUGGCAAACAAAGAAGUUCUAGAAUGUUGGGAUUUCAAUGUCCAAUAUGAAGAUGGAGAUGUUGCAUUAUCAAAAGAAAAGAAUGAAACUGUUGGCAGUAAGGAACUGAAGAAGAUUCAGCAGGAAAUUAGAGAUGUUAUGUUGCAAGUUGCUGCUACCAUUUCCUACUUACCAUUCUUGGACUGUAGGUGUUCUUUUGAUGUUCUUGUCCAUGCCAAACCGCAUUGUGAUAUACCCGAGAAAUGGGCCGAAGCAGAACCUAUUUCUAUAUCUAAUGCACAGAAUGUUCAGCUCAAAACAUUCUCCACAAGCCUUCACAAAAUGGAGACAGUUGUAAGUUAUAAGUUAGCUGAUUAG